CUGUUUUUUCCGCCGCCUAUCUUCCCUGAAGCGACAAGAAAAAAACACUGGUCGGAGUGCGUGUGUGUUUGAUGUUGUUGUCCUCAACCGGGGGUUUGCGUCAAUCGUUAAGAUUUUUCGCGCAGCCGUACAGCCAUCCUGGCUUGUUUGUCAUGACUAAAUUUAAGCGAUUGGAGGUCAGUCAAUGUCGCUCCCAAGUUCUCGUGUGUUCUUGUACUCCUGUGUGGUUUGUAUCACCCGAUCUUUGGAGUGAUGUGGUGGGUGGACUGGGAUUCCCUCCCAAAACAUUGACUAUGCCGCCGCUGCUUCACACCUAGGACUCUACCUCGUACUGCUGUACACACGAUUGAUUAUGCUUCUAUUGAUGAGGUUGCAGGUCACGAUCGGCAUGAUGUUUCGAACGGUUGGCAUGUGCAUGAUGAGGUGGUUUGUCGACAUCUUUUUCCGAAGACGGUGGUAACGCUGAUUAAUUGGAAUCGAAAAUCAACGCCCACGGCGUUCUCUUCUCAAUCCAAGGUACCUCAUG